GUCUAAAAGCGUAAGGCCGGACUCGGAACGCUUAGUGCCGUACACACUCACGUAACAGAGUGGUUCUUGGGAUCUUAAGGGAUCAUAUGCCGAUGUCGCGGAGUUGAUUACUUUGAACAUGUUCCACCCCUUUUUCUUGAGGAAUUAGGUCUGCCACUCGACUGGAGCCACGAACGAAUCAAUAUUGGACAGUCCAGAUACCAUUGUCAUGGAGCUCGAAGCACAUGACAAUUCCGCUCACUCUUGUGAAGCCAGAAAAAUCGUUCUCCUGGACAAAGACCGUCUACAUCCUCAUCGGUUCUCGAAGACCAGAAAGCUCUAUGUCGCCCUGACCGUUGGGCUGCUCAUGUUCAACAGCACUCUCUCCUCUAGUCUGCCAGGUGGCUCGUCAUUCUACAUCGCGGCACACUUCGAAAUCACCGAGCCACUGCAGCAAAUCUUGAUUUCAACAACCUACCUUGCGGGUUAUAUCAUCGGACCCUUGAUAUUCGCGCCAAUGAGUGAACACUUCGGACGCAAGCAGUUAUUGUUGUCGACAAGCGGACUCUUCUUCGUGAUGUCUUUGGCCUGCAUCUUUAGUCCAAGCUACACGGCUCUCCUGGUCUUCAGGUUCUUCGCGGGCAUGGGCGGCUCUGCACCAAUUUCCGUCAUUGGCGGUGUCUACGCAGACAUAUAUCCGGACCCUGGCUCCCGAGGGACGGCCACAGCUGCUUAUACUAUGGGUACCACAAUGGGCACCGUCUUAGGUCCGACCAUAUUUGGGUAUGUGGCGUACGACAACUGGCGUAUAUCUUUCGUCCUGGUCGCGGCCCUUGCCGCAAUUGCCUUCGUGGGGAUGUUGUUCGUACCCGAAACCUAUGUGCCAGUCCUCGAACAAAUCCAAGCCCAUAGAGCGCGAUGUAGUACGUCGUGCCGAGUUCUUGUAUCGAAUAAAGAUCUGGACGAGAGAAGUCUCAGCAUCAUUCUUUUGACCUCGACCAAGAGACCAGUCGAGUUGUUUGCCACAGAGGCGAUUGUGUUUUUCUCGUCCUUAUACUGCGCACUUGUUUUCGCCAUUCUUUUUGUUUUCUUUGCAGCAUACCCUUACAUAUUCCGUACGGUUUAUGGCAUGGACCACAAGACGUCAGGCUUAGCCUUCAUACCCAUUGGCGUAGGCACAAUCGUAACAAUGCCGUUAUGCAUGGCGUACGAUCGAUUUCGAGAGAAGCAGAUGCAAAAGGGAAAGAGAUGGGCCACCAAGGAGGAAUAUCGCAGACUCCCACUAGCUUGCGUGGGUGGAGCGCUGCUUGUAGCAUCACUCUUUUGGCUCGGCUGGACUUCGAAGUCGUCAUUUCACUGGAUCGUACCAAUGAUGUCUGGUUUACCCUUCGGCAUUGCUUUCAACCUAGUCCUCAUAGCCCUCUUCAACUAUUUGACGGACUCGUACGGUAUAUACUCGGCUAGUGCUCUAGCCGCAGCUAGCUGCGCAAGGAGUAUCUUAGGAGCAGUACUACCUCUAGCUCAAGAUGUUAUGUACGCCAACCUGGGUAUUGGCUGGGCUACGAGCAUCCUCGCUUUCGCAGCCGUGGCGCUGAUUCCUGUUCCGUUUUUCUUCAUAGCAUUUGGUCCUCAGAUUAGACAGCGAAGUCCAUUCUGCCAAGCUGCGCAGCAGUGUAAGUGAAUUCGGUCUCAGAAACAACAUUGUA